GUAAGUAAAUAAACAUACGCCCCUGCAAAAGUUCUCUCAGCUUCUGUAUAUCUUCUCUUUUCCAAACAAAACGAUCUCUGAUAAUCUGACAAUGACGACUUCUGUGAAGAACAACUUCAUGCCUGCUGCGCUGAUCUCGAAUCUUCAGCAAGUACUAAUCACCCGAAACGACGCCCUUGAAGAACAGUCCAACUCCAAGUCCAAGGAUUCAAGUAACGGCCAGGAGGCUAAUGUAGAGAAGAAUAGUGAUAAGCCAGUAAUAUUAGUGACAAACGGAGAAGGAAUAGGGUCUCCUGGACUUACGUUACUCGUCGAAUCGCUUGUUCGAGAUCGUCGGUUUAACGUCCAUGUCUGCGCGCCUCAAUCGGACAAAUCGGCGUCUGGUCAUUCUGUGACGGUGAGAGAGACUGUUGCUGUGAGUUCAGUUGAAAUGAAUGGCGCUAUUGCUUUUGAAGUUUCUGGGACUCCUGCGGAUUGUGUUUCUUUAGCUUUAUCUGGGGCGUUGUUUUCUUGGACAAAGCCAGUUUUGGUAAUUAGUGGAAUAAACAUGGGAUCAAGCUGUGGCCAUAAAAUGUUCUAUUCUGGGGCUUUUGCUGGAGCUAGAGAGGCCCUGAUCUGUGGGACACCUUCACUUUGUCUAUCAUUAAACUGGAAGAAGGAUGUGAGCUCUGAAAAUGAUCUAAAAGAUGCAGCUAGUGUCUGUUUACCAUUGAUAUAUGCGGCUGUAAAAGAUAUUGAGAGCGGGAUUUAUCCCAAAGGUUGCUUAUUGAAUGUGGACAUUCCCACUGGUCCCUUAACUAAUAAGGGAUUGAAGGUGACUAAGCAGAGUAUGUCGAGGUCAUCUCUAAGCUGGCAAGCAGUAUCCACAAACAGACAUCCUUCUGCUGGCCACUUCAUGUCCAACCAGCAAAGCCUUGGUAUUAAGCUUGCACAGCUCAGUCGGGAUGCCUCUGCAGCUGGUGCAGCACGCCGCUUAAACUCACAUCGGAAGAAUGUGGAGAUUGAAUCUAUUGGGGUUGCUGGAAAGUUUAAUACUCAGCAAACAGUAAAAAAGUACUUCCGAUUAGAGAUCGAGGAGAAAGAUACAGAAUAUGUAGAUGACGAUCUAGAUUUUAGAGCUCUUGAAGAUGGAUUUAUUGCUGUCACUCCCUUUUCUUUAUCUUCAACAAUGCAAUCAGAGAUUCAGACCUUGGUUUCAGAUUGGAUUGUUGCUGCAAAAUGCAAAUAGCAGAAAUUUUGAAGCUUUCAUCCUAUAAAUCCACUUACGUGGCUGAAAAUGUGUUGGCUAGAUAUUAUCUGGUAACGUAUGAAGCAGAUGCUUUCAGUCCCUCUCGUUGAUUCUUAGGAUAUACAGGUUUUAUGCGACUGUUAAUUUAUAGAUAUGUUACAUUGCAUUUUGUAAAUUAAAUAUGUUUCAGUUCUGUUUGAGUAUCUUUUAUCUUGGAGAUGUGUGGUCUUGCUUUAA